AUGGCCGGUAUAACUCUCGAAUCUCCACCUCCCAUCAUCGCCUCCUCCUCCUCUUCUCGCACAUCAGCACCUUCAUCGCCACCUCUCCGAGCCAACAUGCAUCAACCAAUCAUGAUAGAACUCAGCACAAGCACAAGCACAAGCAGCAUAGAUAGCUCCUGCUUCCAAGACCAACCUUCCUCUCGGCGUCUAUUCCACAACACCCCUACAGCUCCGCACAGCUCAGCAAACGUGCCUAACUUCGUCUCGCCCGUCGCAUCAAGCUCGCUGCAGAACCAAGUACGAACGUCAACCGCAUCCGGUGUACUGGACGACCAGGACGUAUUCGGCAAGAUCGACCAUACACCGUUGCGGCAAGAAACACACUCGACUUCACCUUUACCCAAUUCGAGGUCUUUGCAGAUGGGUGAUAUGCUAGAUCAUGUGCUGCCUGCGGAUCAAUCUGCGAGUCUGUCGGUGGGCAACAUCAUCGCGCCAGAGAGGGGAAGUUCGAAGAAGCAGCCGCCCAAACGACUGCCAACAGAUCCGCAUAGUACGACUGCUUCACCAACUCCACUGUCUAGAUCUUCAGUAAGACCAAGGUCUGCACUUACAUCGAUAACUCUCAAUAAGAGCAUGAAUGCGGCAAGAGAAGCAACCGGCAGUAGCAGUCCUGCAUCUGAUCCAUUCUCUCAGCGAUCUUAUCUUUCUGCUGACGAGCUCUCGUUUCACGUCAAACAUCAGAUGGCAGCUUUGCAAGAAAGUCCACAGACGUGUUGA